UGUUUUGCGUUUGAAGUACAUUGUACACGCGAGUGACGGCUGAUUUCCUCACGAGCUGUCAGAAGGACGGUCAGGGACAAGCUGUCGCAAACGUCUCCAUUGAAUUAAAGUAUUACAUGUCAAAGACGAAUUGUCAUUCUUGUAAUUGCUCGCUUAUUGACUGACGUAAAUAAUUUUCGCAAGGUUUGCCAAAAGGAUGGAGCUCGCGGUAGGAUGCUGGUAACGCAAAUGUCAAGAAGCUGCUGUUUGUAAAACGAAACAUGUUCUAGGGAUAUAAUUAUCAAGUAUUAAUUCUGUGCUGGGAAGGAGGAUUACUCGAGCACCGGCGUUCGCGCGUGGUUCUGUCUCAGCCAAGCCACGCAGUUAUGUAGUUAUGAGAAUAACCGGCACUCUGCGAGAUCCACAUCCGAAUAAAUCCGAAACCGAAAAUGGACGCUUUAGGAAUUUUGAUUGUAAUAGCGCUGAUACACUGCUUGCUGUUCUUCUUUGAUAUAUUUUUUAAGUCCUGUUCACAUUUUCCGUAUCUCUAUUUCCUGGAGAACACUGGCUUGGAAAUCCGGCUGUUCAGGCUGACGUGGUUCACGACUGCAUUCAAUCGCAAGAUAAUUAAAUGGGGAAUGAGCCGCUCCAGGUUUUGGACUGCUUGGUUCAAUGCUGGUGUUAUUAUAACCAUUGUGCUUCUGCCAAUAGUCAUCAUCAUCCUUUUAAAGAUGACGUUUAGCAUGUGGCGAGCUGGUUCCUCGAGUGAUGAUAACUUGGGAGUUAUAUUAGAACCUAUGUUACCAGGCGUGAAUGUGCCGUUCAGCGAAAUUGGUUACUACGCGAUAACGUUGGCGAUAUGUACUAUCGUUCACGAGCUGGGACACGCGCUCGCUGCAGCGAGAGAGGACGUACAGCUGUUUGGCAUAGGACUCUUCAUUUUUUUCACGAUACCUAUUGCUUACGUGGAUAUGAACAGCGAGCAAACGGCCGCAUUGCCGUUGAAAAACCAGUUGCGCAUCAUGUGCGCGGGAGUUUGGCACAACAUCAUUCUUGCUACAGUGGCAGCGGCGGUUCUCGUGUUCUCCGCGUGGCUGUGGGCGCCGCUUUAUAGUUUAGAUUCUGGAGUUUACGUAAAGACUAUUUUACCAAAUUCGCCGAUGUUAGGACCAACUGGCCUUCUGGAACGUGAUGUAAUAUACAAACUGAACAAUUGUCCCGUGAGAAAUAGUGAGGACUGGUACGAUUGCAUGCUGCACGCAGUGCAACAUUCAUCUCCUGGUUAUUGCGUUAAACAAUCAUUUAUUCAGGAUUAUGACGAGUCGGUGCCAGCUAAGCAGAAAACAAACGGUGUCGUUAAUUGCUGCACGACCGACAGUGAAACGAGUGGCAGCUUGUGCUUCGAGUAUAUCGAAGGACCGCAGGCUGCCCCACUUCAUCUGCCUCCGCAUUCUUGCCUUCCAGCAAGGGCAAUGAUUAAUCAGUCGCAAAAUUUCUGUCAAACUAGUCACGAGUGUUUGUCUCACGAUACUCAUUGCCUGAAACCUUCGUUGGACAAUGUGACGAAGAUUGUACAAAUAAAGAGGAAAGUAAAUAAGGAUGUGCUGUACAUUGGUCAUCCGGCGGAUAUCUAUAGGACAGUCGAUGUGUCGGAUUGGGUGCCAAAGUAUUCUUUCCUGCAUCCAAGAUUGCCAGAGUCACUAGCGUUAUUUUGUAAAUACAUCACGGCGUUCUCCGGGGGAUUGGCGUUUGUUAACGUUGCACCUUGCUUCUUUCUGGACGGUCAAUACAUUAUAAGCAUACUUGUACUUUAUUUAUUGAACUCGAUACCGCAUAACAAAAAUAUCAGAGAAGCCACGAUACUUACAGUAACAAGUAUAGCUACACUACUUCUUAUAAUAAACGUAAUGUAUUUACUUAUCAAUAAAUUAUUAUAAGCAAUCAUAA